GGGAGAGAGAGUAGGAGGAAUGAAAGAUAACAGUUUGUGUGCACGUCUGCAUCAAAACUCUAUGCACUUCCUCCUGGUGCUGCAUCAGACCAGACCGUUGUGUUCAUCUGGGAACAACAAGGAGACUGACACGUCUUGGACUUCACACUGAGGCGAACCCAAAGAACACUGAUGUGUCAACCUAGAAAUCUACGACCUUUCAAAUCUGGACUGGAUAAAUUCCCCUAAAUUGGAUUAAACACUAAUCAAAUGGAACUACAGCCAUUUACACUUUAUUUAGGAACUAGCGACAACAUGUGAAAAACACACCCUCUGAAAGUAAUGUGCUAGAAUACUUGGCCUCAACAUGGCAGCUAAUGGCUUAAGGGGUUCUCCUUCCAUUCCUAAAACCCUCCCACCCAAGAAGAGGAAUUCAACAGAUAACUCAAACGAAGCUCCAGCUGAGCCAGUUUUCAAGACACCUUCUCCUUUCUGGAAUCAGAAUAACUUCAGGAGAUCCAGGAGGACACGGGAACCAGCAACCGUCUCUUACAUAGAUCUUCAAUCCGCAGCCACGUAUCAUCCACUGUGGACUGAUGCUGGCUGUGCCUCAAACCAAGUUCUUUUACACCCAUUAGGUGACAAUGGUACAUUCCCUUCAUGGGGUCCAUAUUUUGAAGGCGGCGAACAGCUACUAGGUGUGUCAAACAAUAAUAGGAAUGAUCUGAUGAGCGUCCAUGAUUUUUAUGGAGCUUCUUCCUACUGGAGCUACGUUCCUCUUGCAGAACAAAGAGAUUUGUUAUUUAAAAGCUAUGGAUGGUUCUCCAAUCAGUACAAGCCAAAAAUCAUAAAGCCUGUACCUCGGUCUUUGGUGUCUCAUUGCACCAGAAGCGUUCUCCAAAAAGAUUUCCCAAGGGGGCAGAUUGACGUGGGGAGUGUGAGAGGUGCUCAGUGGGAUGAGAAACUACAGAAUGAGAGUGCUAAAAAUGAUAUGAGGAUGAGGAAGAGGAACUACAUAAGAGAGGGAAUGAAGCAGAAUUCUGGUCAGUUUGCUGAGUCCGGAACAGAUCUUUCCAGACACAAAUAUUAUUCCAAGUUUAAGGGCUUAUCACAAAUGAAAGCCGCCAAGACAGAAGAUCUCCAGCACCAGCGGUUUCCUGUUAUUCACCAGUCUUGUUCCAGCAAUGAGCAACUAAAGUCAGGGACUGAAGUGACACUGAGAGAUGGGCACCCUCUGCUGGCCAGGAGUGAAAAAUCAGAGACACAGGAACAGCAAGAACUUGCGUUACCUUCCUCUCGACUUUUGACACGCUUUUUUGAGGGCUCUCUGAUUGAGCUUGAUGGGGGUCGGCUGAAGCGUGUGGAGGACUUACAGUUGGAAGAUUUUGAGUGCUGUACUGCGUCAUGCCCAGAGUUAAGUCUGACGAGGUUCACUGUGAAGAAGAUCACAUGCUCUGAUAAACCUGGACUGAUCUGUUUGGAGGUAGAGGUUGAGGAUAACCUCCAUUCCAAGAUCUCGCUGGAGGUGUGUGAGGAGUACCCGUUCUUUGUGUGCGGUCGUGGCUGGUCUUCUUGCAGCCCUGACAGAACCGCUAAUCUCUGUUGCCUGCACUGCCAACAGCUGCACCUGGGGGACAUGUGCCUGGCACUAACACCUGUACCAGUUCCACCUGCUGAGCCGACUCGGCCUGGCACAGGUGUGGGUGACGUCGGAUUUCUGAACCGUGUGGAGGGAGCAAAACCGAGUAAACUGAGAAGGAGACACAGUUCAGCCCCAGAACUCAGAAACGUACAAUAAUAUCAAACAGGACGACAGAGUUACAAAGUUUAUUUUAUAAUAUAACUAUAUACAACCGCUUACACAAUGAAAAGAUGAUGAUAGGGGCAAAAAAAAAACUGUCAUAUUUUCUAUAGAUCGACUUACUAUGAAAUUGCACUUAGGUGUUUUGUAAAAAAAAAAAAAAAUACCAACAGUUGAAUAAAAUAAUUAAUUGUGUCAUUUUCUAAAAAAGUUUUUAAUGUCCUAAGGCAAGAAUAUUUGUUGGAUUUGUGCAAUAAAAGAGUCAAUCCCCAUCUGACUGUAGUUAUGCGUUUGAUGAUCAACUUGACAAAUGGGAAUAUAAGUUCUAAAAAGACUCCCAUCUCCCAUUUCUCCAAAACAUCUGGACUUGUAGGUUGUAUUCCCUCAUUAUUGCGAGUCUCCGUAAGCUCUGUUGUAUAAUAACAUUCGCAUGACCAAGAACAGCUGUAGAAUUCCAGUUCUCUGCAGAAAAAAAAAAAAAAUCAAUUGCACCUGUCCCUAUCCAGA